CGGUCGUUAAGGGGUUAAAAAAUGGUAUUUAGAGAAAUAAGUAAACCAAACAAUUGUUCAUUAUUUAAUGUAUAUAAAAAAAACUUUUUAAAAUAUUUACAUAUUGGCAACAACAGGUUCUGCUGAAGAGAAUUUGUAUUCCGUAGUAAAAUGUGAGGAAGCAGGAAAUGAUAUGCGGCAGAUUGUAACCACUUCAGAUCUUAGUUCAGGUUCUUGUGAAGAAAGUUCAUAUGUUGUAGUCAAAUAUGAAGAAAGAGAGGAUGAGAGAAAUGAAAGUGAUAUUGAACAGAUGAUAAACACUUCGGAUCUUAUAACAGAUGUAUCUGUGAGCAAUGAUAUUCCUGGAAAACAUCAGAGUGCAGUUACCUAUACCAAGAAAUAUAGCCCAGAAAACCCCAGCAUAUCACAAAGCUUUCAGAAUUAUUCCAAAAAUAAUCUCACUUACAAUGAAUACAGUUUUCAAAACUAUAACCAAACCCUUUACUCAAGAAAGGAAACAUUUGAUUGUUCUAAAAACCUCAAUAUUACUGGAAAUGAAACACAACUUGAUAAUCAUCAGAUCAUUCAUCCAAUAAAUAAACAGUUAUGUCCUGACCUUGGGAAAUGGUUUACCCAGAAAUCAGACCUUCUUAAACAUAAAAUAAUUAAUGCAGAAGAAAAGACAUUUUCAUGUUCAGAAUGUGGGAAAUGUUUUGCCCACAGAUCACGCCUUUUUAGGCAUAAAAUAAUUCAUACAGGAGGAAAACCUUUUUCAUGUUUGGAAUGUGGGAAAUGUUUUACCCAAAAAUCACACCUUAACACGCAUCAGAAAAUUCAUACAGGAGAGAGAAUAUUUUCAUGCUCUGACUGUGGGAAAUGGUUUACCCAAAAAUCAGACCUUCUUAAACAUAAAAGAAUUCAUACGGGCGAAAAGCCAUUUUUAUGUACGGAAUGUGGGAAAUGUUUUACCCAAAAAUCUCACCUUAACAUACAUCUAAAAAUUCAUACAGGAGAGAAAAUAUUUUUAUGUUCUGAAUGUGGUAAAUGGUUUACCCAGAAAUCAGACUUCUAUAAGCAUAAAAGAAUUCACACAGGAGAAAAACCAUUUUCAUGUUCCGAUUGUGGGAAAUGUUUUGCUCAGCAGUCAGGUCUUCUGAAGCAUAAAAGAUCUAUUCACAAGACAGACUAUUUACCUGUUCUGAAUGUGGGAAAUAGUUUACCUGGUACAGAGUCCUUCAUAGAUAUAAGAUGACUCAUACAAGAGGAAAACCACUGCUUUGUUUUGAAUUUGGAAAAUGGUUUAUACAGAAGUAAAAUCGUACUACAUACCAGAGAAUUCCUAUAGUAAAAUAAAAGGAACAUAUGUUUUACCCAGGAAGCAAACCUUCCCUGUAAGCAAAUUCAUAAAGAGAAACCUUUUAAUGCUUUAAAUUUGGGAAAUGUGCAAUACGGUUUCAUCAUUGGAGGAAACAUCAAAAAACUUAGGAGUGAAAAAUUAAUUUCUGUAAUAUGUGUUAUAUUAUUUUGUUGUUACAAGCUCAGAUGAACAUUUCAGUGUCACAGGUAGGCUCUAGUGCCUGCAUGCUAGGAGAGGUUAUCAAGUAUAAGUUGAUAAUUUAGGACUUGGCAAUAUUACUUUGUUGUUGCCAUCUCUAGAAAAUAAAGAUUUGUUAAACAGUCUA